UUUGUUUUUUCCUGCAAACGUCUAAGCUUGUACUCUUGCAGGAUAUUAUUCCCGCUCUUCACCAGUGUCUCAGCAUGUCUGCUGGAGCAGAGUUUUCCACUGAAGACAUUAGUCUUCUCUUCUGCAAAGUGUUUCAUGUGCCCUCGAGCAAAAGUGAAGCUGAUGCAGCCAUGAAAAAGGUUGCAGGAGGAGACAAAAGCUGGUCCUGUACAGGUGCAAAUGUUUUGGAUGUGCUCCUUGAAAUGGAAAGGGCAAAGGAAAAGAAUGAAAUGGUUUACUGGGACUGCCAGCUUCUUAAUAGUGGAAAUCUUCAUCAGAUGCUGCAAAAGUUGCCCCAUAGAAAUGACUCAGAGUUUUUAAGAAAUGCUUUCAACUCUGUGUCAGGACUCCCACAGCCACAAACAGCUGAAAUAGACAUUUUCCGGAGUGAGAAAGUGCUGGGAAAAAAGCAGCUCUGCCAAACAGCAGCAAGAUUGAAGAGGCUAAAAAAAGCCGUCAAGCAGUGCUGGGCCAGACUGGCAUCAGAGGGCGUUAGCAGCAUUUUGCCCUCCCCCUUGUGUAGCCACAGGUUGGGCCUCAGGGGUCAGACAUGGGGCUCUGUCUCCUUGUCGGAUGUCAUCCUUCUGGUGGAAGUGAAAUAUGAUGUGGUGACUCACUUGCUUUACACAGAAAUGCUUCAGGAGCACUACACCCAGAGUGUUUGGGAGAUGCUGCUUCCCUGGCAACAGAGAAAGGAAGUGGAGGCACUGGAAACUAUGGCGGAGGACGUUUUGCAGUCUGCUGACAUGCUGGGCUUGGUUUUCCUCCCUGGAGCGUUCAGGAUAUACAAAACAAGAUGUUCAGAGUUAAGGGAAGAAUCCUGUUCAGCUGUUGCUCUCCUGAAUGAGUUGCACACUUUUUGUCAACAAGAACAAAAUCAGCUGACAGUCCUGGGUCAAAGACUGUGUGACAAAAGUUUGAGGCUUUUGUGUCUCCAUGUCCUUCUGGCGAUUUACAGAGCUCAGAGGGAAAAACAACCUCACAGCGCUCUGCUGGCAUCUCGUCAAUCCUGGGAGUCAUGGCCACAGGUUCUCAGUCCGUGUAGAGCAGAAUAUGUCACUCUGCUGCUACAGAAUGAAGACAAGGGAGAGGAAGGAAAGGAGGACUUUGAGACAACACAGCGGAGUACAGAGCUACAGCUACUUGUGCUGACUCAGGAAAAGGAGAGGAAGCAUCUGCUCACGUUGCUGCACAGGAUCUCCCUAGAGGAUUUACAAGAGGCAGGCUGCGCAAUACCGCCAAAAGAUAAUGGUGGCUUUGAUGCCGAUCGAACCUCCUUGAGGGCUGGAUGUAUAAAAAGACUGAAACAAAUCCAUGCUCAGCUCCAGACACAGAAUGGAAGCGAGGACAACUCAAAGCAACCCAGCAUUCAGAUGGACAUGCAGGGAAAAUGGUCACAAUCUCUGCUGGAGGACUGUAAGCUGCUCCUUCUGAUGCAUCUGACGGAGCUGCAGGAGGGCCAAGCUUUAGCGUUGCUGCAAGUGCUCCUACACCGGGAUUCACAGGCUGCCCAAGCUCUGAGAGAAAAAUAUGAAGCUGAAUUACAAACCCAACGCUUCCCCAACCUGCUCAAUCUCCUGAUGUCAGACGAUCCUCUAAUCCCCGGCUCUAUGUUGGUUGAAAACAUCAACGUUGAGCAGGUCACGCCUGAAUCAUCCUGCACAGGAGAAGUUGAAAACAUUUAUGCGCCAUCAGUUCCCACCGCAACUACUGAGUUAACUAAUGAGUCCAGCAGGGAACGUGUAGAAGUCCCAACUGCUGGAGGUUCUGCUAAACAGGAAGUCUGCUCAGGUUGUGGGGCGAUCAUGGAGGAGCUACCCUAUUUGGAGAUCCUGUGUGUGCCUGAUGCACAGGCCAAUGCUCCAACUCCAGAGGCUGGAGCAGGUAGGGAAGAAGAAAUAAAUGCAAACCUGGAGAAUUUUGAUAAGCAGGGAUCCUUGAUCCCCCUCGCCUGGUGCAAACCUCCUGAGGACGAUGUGGAGGGAGAUGGAGAAGCUGAAAAGCAUCAGGACACCCUGAGCAGGCUAGGAACCCAAGGCCAGUCCACACAAUGUGAAGAGGCGGAUCAGAAGAGAGACGGCAAAGAGGUGGACACCCUGGCUCAGUAUGAUGCACAGUUUGCAGAUCAGCAGUUGAAGAAAGUAGAGAAUCCAAUCCCAGACCAACCAAGUGAAGGAGAAGCUGCAGCUGAAAUUGAUCCACGCUCACUUGCAGAAAACCUGCUGGAGGUGCAGCCGCGUGUUUCUAGUGAUUCCUUCGGCUGUACUGCUGAUGGAGCAUCUGGUCACACAGUCAGCACCAGCAGAGAGAUGACCGAGUCUGAACUCUGGGACAUCAGAGGGUCGGAACUCUCUGAUAAUGAGGAAAUGAUUCAUUCUCAAGAAUCAACACAGAUAGCAUCCAGUGUCUCUGGAAGAACCACAUUGUUGGGAACGGAUCAACUGGAACGGGAAGAACUGAUGAGAGAUCAAGUGUCAGCAGUGGAAAGAGAGAGAACAAUGCGCAGCCUGGUGGACAUGCAGAGAAAGUUUGAACAGAAACACCAAAGAGACAAAGAGAGACAGAUGUUUAGGGUUCGGGAGCGUCUCUCCAUCAUCCUCAACAGAAAAGCAGAAGAAGACUUGCUUGGCCUUAAACACUCAGACAGGCUAAAGCAUCUCACACAAGAUCUACUGCUGGAGGACAAGACUCAGCAGAAGACUGUUGUUAAAGAGCGACUGGAGCAACUCAGAAGAGAGCGCUCCUAUAUCAUGCAGUCAAAAAGAGACAGGAAUACGACAGGAUUUAAGGAACUUCUAGCUCCUGUUGCUCUGAACAACAAUGAGUCGGAAGAUGAAGCAAGCUGAGAUACAGAUGGUUUAAGUUGUUUGGUCCUAUUGUCACUGUUAAUGCAAAGUAUUAAAUAUUUUCCUCACAAUGUCACUUUUUUUGCUUUUAUAUAGCAGUUGCAUGGCUCAAAUUAUCAUAUUUUAAUAUCAGACAAAGAUAGCCUGGGUAAAAUUCAAAAUGCACUGUUCAAUAGAUUUUUUUUUUUUACUAAGAGUAAAAUCAUGAAAAUGUGCCCCUAUAAAGACCUUAGUUUUAAAGGCUGCUUGCUUAAAAUUCCAUAAAAUGACAAGUACAUGAAUGUUAAAUCUCUUUAAAGAAAUGUUGGCUCUCUGUUCUUUCCAGAAUCAUUUUAUUUAGGCCACAUUGGAGGGGUUUUGAGUACGCUUCCAGGCAUACCUCACUUCCAAUUUCCAAUUAUUGCUGUUUUUUUAACAAUUCAGAGGUGGACUUGCUGGUGUGCUUUGAAUCCUUGACCUGGGUUAAGUGAGGUUGAACUUUGGGUCACAAAAGGAUGAUGUUAUUUUGUAGAACAGAAUUCAUUGCCUGACAGGUUACAGCCAAUCGUUAAGGCAGCCACACACCACAGCUAUGUUUAACUGUUGGGAUGAGCUUUUUCUAAAAUGAUGUGUUCAGGUGAGCCACAUUCCAAAAGGUUCCACUUUUUGAUUGUCAAUCCACAGAUUUUCACGCAAGUCUCAAGGAUCAUCCAGAUGUUUUUGUUUUGUUUUUUGUUUCUUUUUGCUAAAUGUGAGACAGGACUUUGUGUUCUUUUUAGAGAAAAGGGUAACCGAGGUUACCUUUUUCUCCAGUAAAGAAAAUAUCUGAUGUUGUAUAUCCAGAUUAUCUUUGAGGAUAAAUUCAGUUUAAAGAUCUGAUGCACUUAAGUUUUACCUAAGAAACAAGGGAAAAAAAAUCUGUAUGAGGCAAAACAUUUUCAUUUAACUCCAUAAACAUUUUCAAAGUUCACACCUCAUUUGGGCGUAAUUUUUGAUUUCAUUCGAGACUUGUCUCUCUUUGUGAAACUAAUUAAGUCAGUAGGCUGUGACUGAAUAGACUGAGAUUCACAUAUGCAGUUGUUUAAUAUACAUUUUAAUUAUCACUUUGACAACCAUAAGCAUUAACAAUAAUGAAAUUUCACUAGAACCCCCUUCACCUGUGCACAAUAUCCCAAGAAGCCAAAGUUACAUACACAAUGAGUCACAGAGGUGCAUGUAAACAUCCAAGAGUGGCUCCAGUUAACCUUCUUCAUGAGAACAUUUACAUUUAUAAAUUGACCAUUGCUCAAUUCUGUGAGAAAGUGUUGUAGCUGCAGAAUGACGCCUCGGUAAACGUUGAAUGCACCCAUUGACUGGUACUGUUUUUAUAUACAGAUAUGAGAAUGAAAAUGUUGCAUCAUGUGAGGGGACGUUGGUUUGGCUAGUAACCAUACAAUAGGAAGAUGUCUAUACAGAAGGUUGAGUGUGUGCCAAGCAGUUUUCCUACAAUGCAGUCCAAGUAAGAAGAGGGAAAGGAGUACAUUUGAGAUUUUCUACACUUCAAUUGUUCAUCCUCCUCUCACUUUAUUUGGUAUCCAAUCUCACUGCAAAACAGCAACACCAACCAGAGUAAUAAGCUAGAAUAUUCUGAAAAAGCUCCAACACUGAGCCACCGCAUUUAAAACAAAAGUGUCAAGUCUAAUAAUACAUAUAACUGCAAGGUUUGUCGUUUCAAACACGCAAAGAUUCAUAAAGACGUUUAUACUCCACUCAAAGGGAAAGAGAACAAUAUUGGUGUGUCAGGUGCUCAGGGCUUUCAAAUCGUUUGUAACGGCUACAAACCUAAAAAAAAAAAAAAAUAAAAAAAAAAAAUACAGCACAAGCAAAUUAGUUUCAGCACACGAUAGUACAACCUAAAGUUUAACUAUCAUAUUAAAUAGAGGCUGGUUAAAUAUUUAGAAGUCUAAUCAGAUUAGAAUAUGUAACAGCGGGGCUCUUGAAUAUAAUUUUAAAAAGUGAGGUGAUUUCUUUUGUCACUCUGGAAAAGCAUAGCCAUGCUCAUUGGCAAGAACUGUCAUCUAAUCCUUUGAGACUGAAUCACACCUCGACUCAAAAUAGUCAAUAUUUGGAGCUUGUAGACUGUUGUGCACAGAAAAAAACGAUAAAGCUUAGGAUUGAAGACCGACUUCCUUGCUGGAAACAUUUACAAACU